AUGAACCGGAAACGUUUUUACCGGUACCGUUAUCGUAGUCACCCUCUCCUGACGCUGUUGACCACCGCCACCGCUACAAUCGUCACCGCCGCUAUCGUGUUGGCGGUACUGUCGCCGACGGUUUACAGCGGAGUUUACCCGCCGCCAUACAAGUUGUCACCUUGCGCGACCGUCGUGCCACGACAAACGGUUGCCGCGUCGCGGCACUUCCGGUACACGAAGACACAUAUCACCGCAGCCAUGGAGAGUGAACAUAGUCGAUUCAUGACCACGAUGCACCGUCGAAGACGGCGCUACGUCGGCAGACUAAUAGGUGAAACCGUUACAGUGGGUCAGAUAGCAAACAAUACGUCGAACCACACCCGUUGCUACAAGAUUAAGUUCACCACGCCUGUACCGACUACCAAACGUUGGUCACCAAUACUGAAAACGUACCCCAAUUUUCCGGUGACGAAUAAUACGGUAACCAAAGUCACCACGACCAAAACUAGCAAGGUAACCAAGAUAACCAAAGCUUCAACGACGACUGAAGCUACUACCGAACCACCUGUAGAAACUCAAGUGGUCGAAGAAACGACUUCGACUGAAGUAAUCAACACAAUUGAAGAAACUACGUGUACAGAAGAAACUGAAUCUACAGAAGAAACUUCAAGUUCAGAAGAAACGACCUGUUUAGAAGAAGAAACGACUUUGGCCGAAGAUACGACCCAAAAGAAAAAAACCAAAAAAACAAAUAAUGAAUCGACAAAACCCGAAAAACCUAGUCCGGUGACUGAAAAUUCUAGCGAUCCUACGGAAGCUACGAGUAACCCUACGGAAAAAGCGAGUAAAAAUACGGAAAAAGCGAGUAAAACUACAAAAAAAUCGAGUAAAACAACUGUAAAAUCGAGCAAGACGACCAAAAAAAUGACUAAGACCACCGAAGCACUCGAGGAGGUUGUGACGUGCUCGGAAGAUCCCUCGUGCGAGGAAGAGCCUUCGUGCCUCGAUGAAGAAGUUACGCCAAAACCAAAGAAGACGAAGUCUCCACCGGUUAAGAAAUCAACAGGAGUGAUAAAACCUAAAAAUCGGUCAAAGAAGCGACAACUCGAUCGUAGGAGACUGCCACCGACAACCAUGCAUCGUCGGUCGUCGUCGGCAGCUACAAUCGCUUUGUACGAUUCGUUACGGUCCGACGAUGGACUUAACUAUGAAUCGCUGUGA